AGUCCAAGGUCAAGGAGGGGUGCCUGUACUGUGUCAGUAGGCAGUACCUUUCGUCGGAUCGUAAGUAUGGCAGCUUGCUCAGCCCUUUCUGCGGCGACCCUUCUCUCGGCCGCGGCGCCGGUCAGCAGACGGCGAGCGGCAGCGUCGCCGCGGCUUCCCGGCAAGCGCGUCUCCGGCGCUGUGCGGUGUAGCGCUGCUCCAGGCGGACUCGGGAUCUCGGGGAAGAUGGCCGAGCUGUGGCAGGCAGCGAGGAGUGCGCCUCCGGGGACCGUGCUCGCCGCCGUGGCUGCCGUGGCGGUGGUCUACAAGGUGGCGUCCGGCCUCCUCGCCCCGCCGCCUCCGCCGCCGCAACGAUGGCAGGAGGUCGCUGAUGAGGCGCUGCCACCAGCUCCGGAGCCAGUGCAGGUGGGGGAGAUCACGGCGGAUGAGCUGCGGCAGUACGACGGGUCUGACCCCGAGAAGCCGCUUCUCAUGGCCAUCAAGGGGCAGAUCUACGAUGUCUCCCAGAGCAGAAUGUUCUAUGGGCCUGGUGGACCAUAUGCAUUGUUUGCUGGUAAAGAUGCCAGUAGGGCAUUGGCGAAGAUGUCCUUUGAGCCACAAGAUCUGACAGGUGAUGUAUCUGGCCUCGGUCCAUUUGAGCUUAGUGCCUUGCAGGACUGGGAGUACAAGUUCACCAGCAAGUAUGUGAAAGUAGGAAGCAUCAAAGGAACAGGACCCAUAGAAGAGGGUAAUGUUAGCACUACCUCUGAAAUACAGGCGGAAGCUGCUGCGGUGAAACUGAAUGGAGAGAAAGCACCAUGAGGCACUACUGUAUAUAAUCGACCCUGAAUUUCGACGAGAUAUACUGUAUAGCUUUGGAUCCAAAGAGAGUCAGAAACCUGGGUGCCUCCUAGCUGCUAUAGUGCUGUUACCUGCAUGCAUCUGGAGUGUAAUCCACAGAUAUACUGUAUAGCUUUGUCUGACUAGAAGCUGAAGUGUAAUGUUAAACAUCGAAUGACUUUUUUGGCGGGGGAAGUAUCGAAUGACUGAAUUAGAGAAUUAGAAGAGUA